AUGCGUGUGUUUGAUGCUCAGUGGAUCUUGCAGUGCUCUGUGUUGACGAUAGAACAAAGGAACCAGAAACGAGAAUUAGCGGAGGAUUCCAGGAAACAGUCCACAGGACACCAAACUCGAUACAGACCCGGCAUCAGAACAUGGAACGUCGACAGCACAGAAGUCCCGACACAGUCACGUCCAAGACACGUCUCGAGACAGACGGACAGGCUGAGACAGAACGUGCACGACACGGACGUCACAGGACACGGGACAGUCACAGACAUAGACCCGACGCGUCACGAAGAGAAGGGCGCAGCAGAGCACAGACAGUCCACCGAACAGGGACGUCAGACAACGCCCCAGGGCGUCCAAGACACGGAGAAUUUGAGGGGAAGUGUUUUCGCUCCUCUCAGUCGAGUGGAUCACCUGUGA